AGACGCUGAAAAUGGACGGCCAUGCGAAAACAGGCUCCGCGGCUUAUUGUUGUGUGCCGCUUUGUAAUGAAGACAGUCGUCGGGGUACAGCAACGUCCUUCCACUCUUUUCCAAAGGAUCCAUCUGUACGGAAAGAGUGGAUUAUUAAAAUACGGCGAGACGAAGGCCCCGACUUCCAUAUAUCAAAGUCCACAUUUGUGUGUUCAAAGCAUUUUAAGGAAGAUGAUAUUGUAAAAACAUUGACAGGACUAAGAAAAUUGAAGAAAGGCACAGUACCAAGUAUGUUUCCAUGGACUAAGAGUGCACCAAGCCGUAAACCACCCAAGAAGAGGGAAGGACCUCCUCAAGAAGAAACGUCAAUUAUUAAGAAGCAGAAAACAUCAUCCUCAAUCUCGUUAGACACAGACCAACAUUCAUCAUCAACUGCAACAUGUGCCAUUGAUACUUCAACAGAUAUGCCAUCUGAAGAGCAUGACUAUUGUCGCCAAGCACCAUCUCUUGAAGAAGAUCUUGAGGCCAUGAAGAUACACAUUUCUAAACUAGAAGAAAGGGUACAGCACCUUGAGAAGAAAGUAGAGAAGUUCGGAAUUGAAAGAUUUUCCAAAGAUCCAAAUUUGAUAAAUUUUUACACUGGUUUUUCUACUUAUGAUAUUUUUUGUGCUGUAUAUAAUGUUGUUGAGCCAACAGCCUCAAAUAUGAUCAGGUGGUCACAAGUUCAGAGAAAUAAGAACAUUGUUUGUAAUCCUUUUAGAGAAGAAUCUUUGUCAAUUGUAGAUCAAUUUUUUAUGUUUUUAUGUAGAAUUAGACAAGGUUUUUUUGAAGAAGAUUUAGCACAACGUUUUUGUGUGUCUCAAAGCACUGUUAGUCGUAUUAUUAUUACUUGGAGUAAUUACUUGUAUUGUAUUUUGGGAUGUUUACCCAUAUGGCCAGAUUUAGAUAUUGUUAAACAGAAUAUGCCAGAUUGUUUUAAGACUACUUUUCCUAAUACACGAGUUAUUUUGGAUUGUACAGAAAUACGUGUGCAGACUCCAAGUGCCAAAGUACUUAACUCUCAGUCAUAUUCAAAUUACAAGUCUCAUACUACCUUUAAAGGCUUGAUUGGUAUAACCCCUCAUGGUGCUGUAUGUUUUGUUAGCAGAUUAUUUACUGGCAAUAUUUCUGAUAAAGAUGUAACACAAAGAAGUGGAAUACUUGAUCUAUUAGAACAAGGUGAUGAUGUGAUGGUCGACAAAGGUUUUUUAAUCCAAGAUUUACUUGACAGUGUUGGUGCACACUUGAUUAUUCCUCCUUUUUUAGGAAAUAAAGUUAAAUUUAGUAAGGAUGACGUUACUAAAACUCAGCAAAUAGCAAGACUAAGAAUUCAUGUAGAAAGAGCUAUCAGAAGGUGUAAAGAGUACCAUAUUUUUGAUAAUGUUCUGCCAUUGUCUGUUGCUGGGACUGUAAACCAGAUUUGGUCUGUGUGUUGUUUAUUGACAAAUUUUAAAGAAAAGUUAUUUUGACAGUUAUAUUUUCAAUUGUUUGAUACAGUUUAUGUGUGUGGCAUGUAAAUGAACAUCAUCUGCAUAUUUGAUAUACCAGACAUGUACAAGUGAGAAGGUACACAUACCUGUAUAUAUUCAAAACAGAAAUAUGGCUUUUUGUGCACAACACUUUUUUCCUUUGCAUGCUUUGGGAAAUUGAUUUUUUUUUUGUAAAUUUUCAUUGAUAUGUUUUCAAGUGAUAUUAAUCUUUUUGGAAAAAAAUUAAUACAGUGAGAUUUUAUCAAGGUUUGGGUAACUUUGAAAUCUAAUACAGAUAUUUUAAAAUUUGAUUUAAGUACAAGAAUUUUUAAA